GGGAAGCAGUUUCGUCCCCAACCUCCAACCCCAAAACCUUUUCUCCAUUCUCUCUUCAUAUUACUCCUCUCCCUCUCCUCUUUGCUAUAUCUAAUGGGCAUAAAGGGUUUAACGAAGCUGUUGGCCGACAAUGCCCCAAAGUGCAUGAAGGAGCAGAAAUUCGAGAGCUACUUCGGUCGCAAGAUUGCCAUCGAUGCCAGCAUGAGCAUUUAUCAGUUCCUUAUUGUGGUAGGAAGAACUGGAACUGAGAUGCUCACUAAUGAAGCUGGUGAAGUUACUAGUCUUGGAAAGAUUGGUUUUGCUAGUAGUGACAUGGGUUUUGUUCUCUGGGUUCAAUGUAGUCAUCUCCAAGGCAUGUUUUCGCGGACAAUUAGGCUUCUGGAAGCUGGGAUUAAGCCGGUCUAUGUUUUUGAUGGAAAGCCUCCAGAAUUGAAAAGCCAAGAGCUGGCAAAACGUUACUCGAAGAGAGUUGAUGCUACUCAAGAUUUAGCAGCAGCUGUAGAGUCUGGAAAUAAGGAAGACAUUGAGAAAUUCAGUAAACGGACAGUAAAGGUGACAAAGCAGCACAAUGAAGACUGUAGAAGACUCUUACGGCUCAUGGGUGUGCCUGUAAUCGAGGCUCCCUCAGAAGCAGAGGCACAGUGUGCUGUACUUUGCAAGAUGGGAAAGGUUUAUGCUGUGGCCUCCGAAGAUAUGGAUUCCCUAACAUUUGGAGCUCCAAAAUUUCUUCGCCAUUUGAUGGAUCCUAGCUCGAGAAAAAUCCCGGUCAUGGAAUUUGAUGUUGCUAAGGUUUUGGAGGAGCUUAAUCUUACUAUGGAUCAAUUCAUUGACUUGUGCAUACUCUCUGGAUGUGAUUAUUGUGACAGCAUUCGAGGUAUUGGAGGACAGACAGCUUUGAAGCUCAUCCGCCAACAUGGCUCCAUAGAGAGUAUACUGGAGAACAUAAACAAAGAGAGGUACCAAAUACCAGAUGAUUGGCCAUAUCAAGAAGCUAGACGGCUUUUUAAAGAACCACUUGCUUUAACUGAUGACGAGCAGCUGGAGACUAAGUGGACUGCUCCAGAUGAAGAAGGGCUGAUUUCCUUUCUGGUGAAUGAAAAUGGAUUCAAUAGUGACAGAGUGACUAAGGCUAUAGAAAAGAUUAAAGCAGCCAAGAACAAGUCAUCACAGGGCAGACUAGAAUCAUUUUUCAAGCCAACUGCUACAACAUCUGUACCCCUUAAACGAAAGGAUACCAAAUGUGUACUUAAACACCCCAAACUGGCAAUCAAGAAUCAGAUGUUCUCUCUACAGGACUCUAACUCAUCUAGGCUCAAUGUGGUGGGCAGUCUAAGCCUGCCAAUUUAUAAUUUGGGUGCCAAUCAUCUCAUACCAUUAUCCAGAGGUUUUGUUUAAGCACAUGAAGCGGAAUGCCUUGGAAACACCACAAAGUACUGCUAAAGAAGCUAUUAAUAAAAAGUCGAAGGGCGCUGGUGGUAGAAAGAAGAAAUAGUGGAAUUGGCUUACGGCCUAUGAAAGACGAGUUAAGAUUGCAUUCUGAUCAAUUGAAUGCUGCGCAGAUUAAGUUUGUUAAUUGGUGCACUCAUCUGUUUUCGUAUGUUAGAAAAAAGACUCCAGGAGUCUUUUUUGGAGGAUUCUUGUAAAGUCCAUUAGGCUUAAAUUUUAGCUGAUCGCUUUGUACUUGAGCGUACUUGAAUUUCAACUUUAAGUAUGGAACCAUUGCUUCGAUUUUCCUUAUCAAAUAGGCUUAGAUUUUAACUGA